CUCCUCGAUGUUCUAUCCUGUGAAAUUUUGCUUUCCCAGCAUUCUUUUUCCAACUCUUUCUUUCCUUUUUUGUUUUUAUUUGUUAAUAAUAUUAUUCUCAUUUACUUUGACCUCUAUUGUCAUUCGAAAGUUUUCCAAAGAGGUAGAUAAAUGACUGCACAAUGGUGCCUGCCUGGUAAACACUAGUUUUUAUGUUGAUCAUUUGGUAGUAAUGUCAGUCUGAAUGGUGGGAUUGCCCGAGAGUUGGAACCAGAAUUGAACGACGAUGGUCGUAUCAGGUUAAAAGCUACACUCACAGAAUCGUAUCUAUAGCAUUCUGUGAGCUUCCACAUUGUUCAGGACUUAUUGUUUUGCUGCUUCCACGUUUUCGUUGUUAGGGAGUCUACUUCUGGUCCCACUGUUUUGCCAGUAUGGUAUCUUAGUCGAUAGUAAUGUUCAGGGCGGUUUUAAAUUAUUCAGCUCAUUUUUUGAUGAUGUCUUGUUCUGCCUCAUCUCUCAAAAAUCCAGGUGUUUUGAAGGUUUAUAAUUUCUAGUGUCACUGUCGAUUUUCUUAACUUGUUCGCCCAUAUAACUUAACUCUUUGCCAUUAGUAUAUUUCUUGUUAAAGUUCUUUCCCUAUUAGUACUAUUAAUUCUGGUUUUUCAGCUGUUGGUUUCGCUAUACUACAGUGUAGUAGAAUAAUAUAAACAAAAAGUUUGAACCGUUGAAAACUAGAAUUUCUAUAAAUUAACUCGCUUCGACUAAAGGUUCCAGUUAUGAGUAUUAUUAUCCCGUUGUAAUCCCCUGUUUCAAAACAAUUAGGCUAGUGUCGUUUAAAAUUAAAAUAAAACAGAAAACUCUUCUAUCGCAGCCAUUAUCACUUAUCUCAAAUUUAAACAAAAUUGUUUGCAGUACGCGAACCAUUCAAAUAAGGUUUGUUUGUAGCAAAACUUGAACGUUACGGAUUGAAAAAGUAUGGACAUUUCUUUUAGCGGAAAACGUGCCCUUGUUACCGGUGCUGGAUCCGGAAUUGGUCGUGGUGUUGCUAUUCGUCUUCUAAAAGGCGGCGCCAAAGUCAUUGCUCUCGACAAAAACGCGGAGGCUUUGGCUACGUUAAGACAAGAGUUUCCGUUAAUCGAAACAGUACAAGCCGAUUUAACGGACUGGGAUGCUAGCAAAACAGCCAUCAAAUUAGUUUUACCGAUCGACCUUUUAGUCAACAAUGCAGGGAUUGCUACAGUAGAUCCGGUAACUGACGUUACUGCAGAAAAAUUCGACAGCACAUUUCAUGUAAACGUAAGGUCGCUGUUUCUUGUCAGCCAAACGGUGGUAGAGGAUCUUUUAAACCGGAAAAGUACUGGAGCCAUUGUUAACACGUCUUCCCAAGCUGCUAGAGCAGGGCUUUUGCAUCGAACGCUCUACUGUUCUUCAAAGGGGGCCGUAGAUGCUUUCACGCGAGCUCUAGCGAUAGAACUUGGACCGCAUAACAUCCGAGUUAACGCUGUCAAUCCAACUGUGGUUUUGACCGAAUUGGGUAAACAGAUAUGGUCCGAACCUGCCAAGAAAGAAUGGAUGCUGUCUAAAAUACCAUUGAAUAGGUUUGCGGAGAUUGAAGACGUCGAAAACGCUAUAGUGUUUUUGUUAAGCGACAACGCAGCUAUGAUUACUGGAACCUGUCUGCCAAUUGAUGGGGGAUUUUUGGCUUGUUGAAGUGACGUGACUUGUAUUGGGAGUACUUAAUACAUACAUAUUUCUUGUGAAACACUGCAAUGUAUUAAUGUUUUAGAAAUAUAGCUUAAA